AUGAUUCCAGACUUAAAACUGCUUGAUCACCAGCCAGGUUGCAAAGGAAUACGUCCUCAUGUCCUCCUCGCCUCUGUGUCUUACAGCUCUGGGAUUUGUACUUGUAAAACGGGAGUGUAUGGCCCCAAGUGUGAUGAGUGCAAGCCUGGAUAUUUUUCAUUCAGCACCACGGGAUGCCGACCUUGCCAGUGCAACAAUCAUUCCAGUGACUGCCACCCCCAGUCCGGCACUUGUGUGAACUGCCAAGACAACACGCAAGGACCCCGCUGUGAAGAAUGCAAGUACAGUUUCUACAGGAGGCCCGGUGCAGCCCUGACAGAGAUCUGUGAGCCUUGUCCCUGCUCCCCUGUCACUUCCACAGGGAGCUGCCAUAUCGAUUCCAGUGGCCAGCCCGUCUGCGACCAGUGCAGGCCAGAGUACCAGGGUCCGAACUGCGAUAAGUGCCGCGAUGGCUACUACAACUCCGACAGCAUCUGCGCGCGCUGCGAGUGCAGCGGGAAUGUGGACCCCCGAUCGUCCCCUCGCGUCUGCGACCCCGACACGGGUCAGUGCCUGAACUGCGCCAACAACACAGCCGGCCGGCACUGUGAGAAGUGUGCAGAGGGCUAUUCGGGGGACGGCCGGGCUGGCAACUGCACCAAGACGGCAGUAAGGAUCCUUCCCACAGCAGUACCGACAACCACCCCUGCUCCUCCUACCAGCACCAUGACCUCCUCUCCCAACACCACCACCCUGCUCACCACUGCCACCACCCAGGCCCUGGCCACCACUCUCAACAACACCACCACGGCCACCGAGGUCUCCUGGACCCAGUUCAACAUCAUCAUCCUGGCGGUCAUCAUCGUGGUGGUGGUGGUCCUCAUGGGCUUCGUCGGAGGGGUCUACAUGUACCGGGAGUACCAGAACCGCAAGCUCAACGCCCCCUUCUGGACCAUCGAGCUCAAGGAGGACAACAUCAGCUUCAGUAGUUACCAUGACAGCAUCCCUAACGCGGAUGUCUCCGGCUUACUGGAGGAUGAGGCCAGUGAGGUGGCACCCAAUGGGCAGCUCUCCCUGAGCGCUCCCAUGGGCAUGUACAAGGCCUAGCUCCGACGACCUCCCAAGGAGCCAUGGGAUGGAUUAGCUGGAAGUUAUCUUGUUAGGAGCAUGUAGUCCUACAUGGGGACAACAGAUACCCCUCCAACAUCCUGAAAGAGGAAUAAUUUAUUGGGAAAGAAAAACAGCAAACUAAAAAAUAAUCAGGUUCCCAUCGCUGGAUUAUCACGACUGGUGAACAAGACAUGCAGGGAAGAUCAGAGCUGCAUGCAGUUAAAACCAAGUUCUUAACAAAGGCGAUCAAAAGAUACUAAUAACUGGAAGGAAGCCUGUGUGAUUUGGUUUUUGAAAUGACGCUGCUGUGAUUGGGAUUCCCAAACUCCUAACCUUACAAGUUCCCACCUCCCCACCCCCCAUCUGUAAACAUCAAGUGGGAAAAGGCACAGAUUUUCUAAAUAAGCUUUGAAUUAUGGGUGUUUGGGUUCCCAGGCGUCGUGGAGGAGGGGGAGAUUAAGACCUGCGUCAUGAAGCUGGAAUUCAGAGACGCGUGUCAUUUGCUUUCCUGCACUGAAACGGUGACUUUGCCUUUGCAAACUUCACAGAGAAAAAAAAAAUAAAAGUAAUAAUCACUUUAAAAAGCUGGUCAAGUCUGUAAUUCUGAGACGACCACGCGCUGAUUUUUGUUUUUUGUGAAAAGGGUAAUAUUCUACUGGGGAAGAGCUGAAUGUUUUGCAAUGAAAGCUGAUGAAAGCGAUUCAUCCCGCGGAGCUAGUCUCCAGCUGAGCAGUACACAAAUCCGGAAAGGAAAGGGAGCUGCCUUCCUCUUUAUUCGAUUUCAGUUCAGCGUUUCUUUCUUUUUAUAAAGGGGUUGAUCGGAUUUUAAAUUGGGAACACCCUGUAUGAACUUUACAUCACGGGAAAUGGCAAUAAGACUCAUAUAAACUUUUCAGCGGACAAAAUCAAGUGAUAAAAAAGUGUCCUCUUCAGAGAUCCAUGUAAUUUAGGAAUGUUAAUGAUUUUUUUUGGUCUACACCUGAAUUAUACACAUAUAACAUGACGUACAGUAAUGGGUGCGUCACUGUAUAGGGCAGUAUUGGAAAGGGCUGGGACACUUGGCGAUCUGUGGCAGAGUUAGAGCCAUGGACACAUGACCAGACAGGAGAUUCAGCGCCGUCUGUAUUCGGGUCUUAAGUGUCUGUUUUCCUUUUUUUUUUCCUCCUGAGAAGUAAAGAGCAGUCAUUGUUGGAAAUUCACAAAGCCUUUAAAUAUGUUUUUACUAACCUCAAUUUGGAGACAUCUCCAAGAUAAACAUGUUUUAUGACCAUUUCAUCUUUUUAGUCAUCGACAGCUUCUAAAGUCUUAUUAUUGUUUCCUUUUGAGUGUUGCACAACAAAGACAACAAAAAAAGUAUUUGUGAAUUUUGGCUUUAUUGAAUUUUCCCUUUUAUGAGCCUUAUUAUCAGGUACAGAUACCCCAAAACUCUAUUUGAAGUACAACGUGCUCUCAAGCUUGACAUGAAACACAUCAACAUUAGAUAUAUCUUAAUUAUCCAGUUUUCAAAUACUAAGAAGCUCUUCCUUCUUCUAUGCAGUACCAAGUUGAGAUAAAAUAUAUAUUGAAGAAAACAAUUCAGUAAAAAGAUGGCCUUUGCUCUGAAGCCCAGUCUGCAGACAGCCUCUCUGACAUAAAAACAGAAGGCAAAUUCUGUGGAAGGAGAUAUAAGCAAUUUUGUUGUUUGAACCCUAAACAGACCGACAUCUGAUUACACAGCACAGCAGUGUUGUUGGUACUCUUAACUUCCUUGUUUUAUGCUUUUAAAAAUAACAUUUACUGCUGUGUGUCACAGGUUGUUUUUUGUUCUCCUUAUCAUCUCAAAUUACGGGAAAACCAAGCAGUUGAUUUUCAUAUGGGUUUUUAGUUUAGUGUGAAAUUGUGGCACUAAGUCUUAGUCUUGAGCAUGCAUUCAGUCUUGCAGUCCUUUCAAGAAGUGCCGCAUGUACAGCUGAAGCAGAAAUUAGGGAGGUUUAUUCUGAGGGGUCAACUGUUUGGAAAGUGCAACCAGUUACACUUAUCUUAUCCUUUUUUAUUUUGUUUUUAAAUAAGGCUUUCCUUUUAUUUCUGUUUCAAAAGAAAGUAAAGUUCCAGAUCUGUUAAAGGUAUUGUAAACAACAUCUUCUUCAGUUCCCCAGCAUUACAAAGUUGUAAAUUCUUCACCCUUAUAUCCACUUUGUUUAUUUUAGUAUUAUUACAUUUCUCUUUAUUGACUCCAUCUAUAUUUUACACCCUGCCGAAUGUUAUAUUUCCCACAGUCUCUGCUAUUACAGAAAUUUUGACUUGAAAUCAUUUUGCAAAGUGGGUAACAUAAAGACUGUUCCUUCAGUGUCCCAGUAUGGCUGACCAGGGAUGGAAUUAGUGGAGUUUUUUUUUUCAUUUUAUCUGACAGUGCAUUUCCCUAAUAAUAAGGCUGCGUGGCUCUUUUUCAAAAAACAUGAUUCAGUGUUCCACAGUUUGUGCAGUCAUUUCUAAAAGGAAGAGUUGUCUUUUGUAAUCACGCUGGAUUGAUUGAUUUAGCUAUACAGUCCUCGGAAGGAAAUGUACCUUUGAAGCAUGCAAUAUGGUAAUAAAACAAAAUCAAUGCCAGAACUGUAAGGAAAUAGACAUUUCACACCCAGUUUAUUCAGUUAUACAUUUUUAAAAGAACAGGAUGCAUGCUGACCCCAAACUAGGUUCCUAGUGUUGCCUACCAUUGCUCGUUAAUUAAGAGACCCUUGAGAUUUAGGUUGAAAAAAACAUAGAAACCAAAAACCACGGAAUUUGUGCGUCCAAAACCAAAAAAACAAAAAAAGAACCCUUCGUGAGAAAUUAAGAUUUCCUGAUUUUGCAUUUAUUUAUCAAAUAGGUUCCAAUCUCUGUGGGAGACUCUCACGAGAAAGGAAACAAUGUACUUCAAGGCCAUCACUGUUCAUAUGAAAGAUAAUAACAUAGAAAUAUCAAUUCCACUCCAGGUUUGUCAUAUGGGAUGAAUGAAUAGGCUACAAGUUGGCAUGAGAGAGACAGUUUAAACCAGCAGCACAAGCUGUUUUGUUAGGAAAUGACUAAUUUCAGAUGCUAUCUGAAGUGGAAAAGACAUAGCUUACAUUGAACGCAUGUUUCAUUUUGACUGAGGUAGUGUGCACAUAGGCUAAAGUGUAUGUUUUUUUUUAUUUCUUUUAGAAAACACAUGAUAAAUGACCUAUUUAAAAAUAACCCUGUCAAAAGAUGCAUCACGCAUUUCAGUGAAUGACUUAAUCCCAUACAUGUUUCUUAUUUUCCUCUGUAUGUGUAAAAGAUUUCAGUAGUUGGCUAGACUUCAGUAAACUCCUGAGACGUGGAGCUCCUUUAAGGAAUGGUGGCCAGUCCAUAUAGUAGAAGUAACAGCCAAAACUAAUAUCAGUGGUUCAAGCAAUGGAUGAUACAAACCACUAACAGUCAAAAAGAUUUGGAAUGUCUUGAAACCUGCUCUGAAACAGUCUCGGGGUAGGAAAGACAAGUGACGAGCUGGUCUGUAUUAAACUUGAGCUGUCCUGACACAUGAACAGGACCAUUGUGACAUAUGCCUAGGUCUUGUGCAGUAGCGUUAGGGGUUAUCUACUCCACAGGCUCAUAAGGACAAUUUGAGACAAUUCCCCUGCCCUGAGAAGUACUCCUUUUAUCAUUCUUAAAACAAUACGAUUCACACCAGCACCUUUACUUCAAGCAAUGUGUAUUCAUUAAAUGCAAUAAAUUAUAGAAUAAGAAAAAGUAUUUAAAUUAAAACCAAUGUGCUGAAAUUCACUAGAAAUCAGGCAAAAGAUGCUAAACUUCGAAGCAUCAAUGGCAGAGAGUGUGAAAUAGCACUCGUGUGCGGGAGGCGAAUCAUGCAUUGAGCUGUAUAUGAAGGUGAAUUUGCUGAGGUGGGUCUGGUCUUAAUAUGGCAGGCCUCUUUAUGGUGAUUUUAUUGUGCACCUUUUAAUUUCAUGGAGUUAAACUUCACAAGAGCCAUUUGUUUCGGUCAAAAGAGUUACCGAUUGGCUAGUUCAAGGAUUUCUGAGGCGUUUUCCUUCAGAAAAAUCCAAAAGUGCAAAUGAGAAGACAGUAUCCUGUGUUACAACACACCUUCCAAUGCUCUGCCCAGCAAACUUUUUGCACAGCUUCUUUGCUCAGGAACUAACCAAAAACUUGUUUGCUGAAUAGAAGUGUGGUAAGUGAAAUGCUUAAGAGUUAGUGUUAAGAUUAGGUGUGUGGUACUGUACAGGCUGUGGAUCAGAAUUAGCAUUUUGUUACUAACAUUCAAAUAAUCUACAGUAGAGUUUGGUUAUUAUCUCAUUUACUGUAUGUUACCCUAUUUCUACUUUAUUCAUAUAUUUCAUUUACAAAGCAAUUAUAAACAGCAUUUGCAACCUCUGAUUUUUGUUUUACUGAUUUACAAAUACCCCUUUCAUCCCUGAAGAGAGAGAUGUCUCCUCUUUUAUAAUCUACUUCAGGAGUCAGUGUGUACAGUAAGUGUGACUGGAAUUCAGUCUUGCUUUUAUUAGGAAACCUUAAAACUGGGGAUGGUGUAUGUGCCUAAAACAUCAACAUUAACUACUGUACCUUGAUAGUAAUUAAUAAUUAUUGUGAAGGUUUUAAAGGGCAGUCUUUUUUCGAGUUUAAACAGCUGCUGUUCAGUUUUGCUGCUGAGAGGACGACAGAGCAGGACCUCAAAUGUCUGCGAUUAUUUGUAAAAGAGGAGAAAGGUCAGGAAUUCACGAUGAUAGAGAAUGCAGGAAUAAUGGUGAAGAAGAAUGAAAAACAGCUAUUUCCCUUAUCCUCUCAAUACACAGUGUUUCCAUACUUCUGAGCUGUACCCUGUACAGAUUUAAUGAGACUAUGUAUAAAUUCCAAACACCUUUCUUUGUUUUAAUUUGACUGUAAUAUGAAGUGUUUAUUGCAGACAAUGGUCCGCCUAAUUUUCCUAUGUCUAUUUUCUGUUCCAUUCAAGAAAACCCCCACACUAUGGUUUUAAUAAAAUCUUUAUGAAAUAGCUAGGAGAUUCAGUGCUGCUCUUCAUAAGGGGGGAAAAAAAUAUCAUAUUUUUUUUCCUAAGCCGAUCAUAAUGGAAUUUAUGUGAACCAUUAUAAUGUGAAGGCCGAAGGCUAAAUACUUAUUAUUUUAGAAAUAAAGUCUAAAAUAGUUCAGUUGGAAACCUUGCUAAAGUUAUUGAAAAGCUGAUGCAACUAGUUUUCUAUAUGAAACUAUUGUACAUUUCAAAGGAAGCACUGUUCAUGCCAGAAACCAUACAUAAGAAUGUUCAAAGCCAUUAUUUCAGUCUGUGAUGUUUUUCCACCUUCUUUGCAAAUAUGCAACCCAUUCAAGUAUUUUUAUUUUUAUUUUUUAAACUAAAGUUCCCAUAAUGGUGUUCUUCGGUGUUAAGUUGAACAAAGCUAAUUUUUUCUUCAUUUUUCCUGAAACAUUUGAGGAAUUUGGCUAUGAAAGACUGGAUUUUCAGAUUGCUGUAUCAGUGAUACGUCCCACUUCCGAAUCUCAGUUUGCAGACUGCAAUACAGCUAGCUGUGAAGUAAAACAGUAGGAGCAGAGAGGCCAAGAAACUUUUGCUUUUGCAUUUUCCACAUCUUAAAAAUGUUUGUGUUCUUAAUGUGUAACUGUCACUUUGUGUAUGCUGCGUUACUUAUAUUCCAAAUGUCGAUUAGCUCCACUCUUGAUGCAAAUUUGCUUGGGGUCUCUCAGAAACAUUCUAAAUGAGAAUCUUAAGCUUGUAAACCUUUUCAAUCUAGAAAGCAGCAGGUAAUCCACUGCAAGUCUUAGUGCUUUGUUUUAAUUUUAGAAGUGUUUGAUAUACUGUAAAUGUAGGUGGUCAUUUCAGUAAAUUGUUCUUACAGCGCACAUUGGAAAUUGUCUUAAACUGUAGAUUUGUGAGCCCUUCCAGUCUUCAGUCUCUCAGCAAAGGGGCUGAUGGUUACUCUAUGACAUGUUUUGGCCCUGCUGGUAGAAAAUGAGAUGUUCUAGUCACAGUAGGAGAAGGAUUUUGGCUGAGAUAUGUUCUAAUAUUUCUUAUGAAUAUGGUAAGGGUAACGAGAUGGACAAAACAUAGUCAGAAUAUAGUGUGAUAUUCUGUCUGAGUUAGGUAUUAUAUUAAUCUUGCACACUGCUUUAGUGUAAAAUGCAAAAACAGCUGUAUGACUAACUGUAUGAUGAAUGCUGGUUAGUUCAUGAUGGUUUCUCUUCAGUGCUUUAUAGAAUGAGUUCAGAUACAGGGUGUUUCCAGGGAGACUGGUACUCUGCAUUACACUGUGGAUUAUCCCUGUACAAAAACGACUGUCAUCACUUAUUGUGAGACCAUUUGAGCUAACCAUAGUCUAACCAUGUUAUGACAUAACUGUUUCUGCACUAUAAUCUAAGGUGGCUAAUUUUGUACAUUCUUAAAAACCCUUUUCUGGAUACGUUUCAGUGAUUGUUGCUGAGUGACUGUGAGACACUCUUCAGGAAUACAAAAAGAUUUGUGUGUUCCUUAAAGGAAAAAGAAGCUAGACUCCUAGAAAAAUGUUAUCACUUUGGGUGGAGUUCCAUUGGUAACCUACCCUAUAGGGAAAUGGCCCUGUGAUAUUUCAUUCAUAUUAAUACAGAAUAUACUCAUUUAGUUCCGAAAAUUUCAGUCAAAUCUCUCACGUGACCUGCUUUUUAUAGUUAGCAAAAUAUGCUUCUCAUUUCUCUUGGUACAAAAUGACAUUUCUUUGUUAAUGGGUGUGGAAAGCAGUUUUUUGGAUACACGAAUGGGGUCUACCAGAAUGAAUUAAAACUGUCUGGGGAGAUGAUAUUUGUAUGCAUUGGUCCUCAGGUUAUUUCAGUGAUUUAGAUUAGGGAUGCCAAAUUUGAAAAAGGUCUGAUUGCUUUCUUGAAGGGUGAGUGGGGGCAGUGUUAACCCAGAAAAGCACAUUCCAAAAGCCUGUGUAAUUGUUUUCCUGUCAAACAUUUGGAGGGAUACUCUGCCCCUGUAUAAGAUGCAAUGAAUUCAGCUUUGAUUUGCUUAGUGAACAACAGUGAAACUUUGUUUCUCAGGUCACACACCUUCACUAAUUUAUUUAUAAAUGUAAAUAAGACUAAGAUGUUAUACAGGAGUGUACAUAAGAAUAGUGUGUUGUACAGAUAUAGUACCGAUCCUUGGGCAACAGAUACAUGCUGACAUGAAUGAAUAUUAACAGUCCCAGCCCUUUUUGGAACUGUCCUACAUCUCCACAAUAAAGAGUUGUUCAUAGGUAUGUGAAUCCUUCUAUUGUUUUCAAGGAAUAACAUGGUGUAUAUAUUAUGAACUAAUAUUGCAUAUAUUUAAUAAAACUUGUUUUUUUUGGGGCUG